CCUCCAACUAUACCACCUAUACAAUCUCAACCAUAUCUCUCUCUGUUGCUUGUAUAAUCUUCUUUCUUAGUACAUACACAGUGAACCUGCUUUUGAAAGCUUCGAGUUUCUUCCAUUUGCCAACAAAAAAAAAAAAAAAACCUUUUAGUAACAAAACAAUAAUAUGGCAGAGACAGAGGAACCCAAGAAGUUAGAAUCCGAAUCACUCUCGGAUCCUCCACCGGCUCCGGCUCCGGCCCCGGCAGAGGAAGAGAAGCCGGUUGUGGAAGCUCCAAAAGAUCCUCAGCCAACUAAGGACAAAUCUGAAACUCCACCACCCCCUGCUCCUGAACACAAGGCUGAGGCUGAUCAGUCCAAAGUUCUUGCUAUUGUUGAGAAGCCUUCUGAACCUGCUGCCGAAGAGAAAAGUAAGGAGGGUUCAGUCAAUCGAGAUGCUGUGCUUGCAAGAGUUGCAACAGAGAAAAGGCUGUCACUUAUCAGAGCAUGGGAAGAAAGUGAAAAAUCAAAGGCAGAGAAUAAAGCUCAUAAAAAGCUAUCUGCCGUUGGUUCAUGGGAGAACACCAAGAAGGCAACUGUGGAGGCUGAGUUGAAAAAGAUUGAGGAAAAAUUGGAGAAGAAAAAGGCAGAGUAUGUGGAACAGAUGAAAAACAAGAUAGCUUUAAUCCACAAGGCUGCAGAAGAAAAGAGGGCAGCGAUCGAAGCUAAGCGCGGGGAAGAUCUUCUAAAGGCGGAGGAAACAGCUGCAAAAUACCGUGCCACAGGAAAUACUCCUAAGAAACUCCUUCGUUGUUUUUCAGGCUAAAAUAAAUUCAGGUCCGGUUGACAACAUUUGAAUUAUUUGUAUAUUCUGUUGGCUUGGAGGUACAUUUUGUUGAUUCAGAUGUGUUUAUUUCUUCUUCUUGAAAUGGGGCAUUGGCCAAUGUUAGUUAU